CAACCCGCCUUUUUUCCUGUCCUCCACCGCUCCCUCUUCGCUCUUCACCAACUCUCACCGCAAUGUCCUCCACCGUUCUCUCCCAGGCCCCUAUCUUGGCCAAGUACUCCGACCUUCCCCAGAAUGGCAAGGUCAUUGCCGAGUACGUCUGGAUUGAUGGCACCAAUGGUCUCCGCACCAAGGGCCGGACCCUCGACAAGAAGCCCACCUCCAUCGACGAGCUCCCCGAGUGGAACUUUGACGGUUCCUCGACCGAGCAGGCCCCCGGCCACGACUCGGACAUCUACCUGAGACCCGUCGCCAUGUACGCCGACCCCUUCAGACGGGGCGACAACAUCCUCGUCCUCGCCGAGACCUACAACAGCGACGGCACCCCCAACAAGAAGAACCACCGCGCCGCUGCCUCCAAGCUGUUCGAGGCCCACAAGGACGAGGAGAUAUGGUUCGGUAUCGAGCAGGAGUACACCCUCUUCGACCAGUACGGAGACGUCUACGGAUGGCCCAAGGGAGGUUUCCCCGGCCCCCAGGGCCCCUACUACUGCGGUGUCGGCACCGGCAAGGUCUACGCCCGCGACGUCAUCGAGGCCCACUACAAGGCCUGCCUCUACGCCGGCAUCAACGUCUCCGGCAUCAACGCCGAGGUCAUGCCCUCGCAGUGGGAGUUCCAGGUCGGACCCAACCUCGGAAUCAGCAUGGGCGACGAGCUCUGGAUGGCCCGAUACGUUCUCGAGCGUGUUGCUGAGGACUUUGGUGUCAAGGUUUCCUUCCACCCCAAGCCCCUUCAGGGAGACUGGAACGGCGCCGGUUGCCACACCAACGUCUCCACCAAGGCCAUGCGCACCAAGGGUGGUAUGGCCGACAUCGAGGCCGCCAUCGAGAAGCUCUCCAAGCGCCACCUCGAGCACAUCGGUGUCUACGGUGAGGACAACGACAAGCGUCUGACCGGCAAGCACGAGACUGCCUCGAUCUCGCAGUUCUCGUACGGUGUCGCCAACCGUGGCUGCUCCAUCCGUAUCCCCCGCUCCGUCUCCAAGGACGGCUACGGAUACUUUGAGGACCGUCGCCCGGCUUCCAACAUCGACCCCUACCUCGUCACCGGAAUCAUGGUCGAGACCGUCUGCGGCCCGGUUGACGGCGUCGACAUGGUCUCCGAGGCUGCUCGCGAGUAAACCUUUCCUUCUCCUCUCCUAAGUCUUAUGUUUUUUAUGUACUUUUUUUCUUUUUUUUUUUUUUUUUUUUUUU